AUGGGCGACUCUCUCGACUACGUCAAGAUCUGCGAAGCCUGCCCCCCCGGCGACGGAUGGGGUCCCUCGGUCACCACCGAGACCACCCUCAACGGCGUGCCCUAUGCGCCCUUCUCCAAGGGUGACAAGCUGGGCCGCAUGGCUGACUGGACUGCCGAGGGCAAGGACCGUGAGCGUGGCGGACGAGCGCAGUACAACAGGAACUUUAGAGAUCAGCAAGUUUAUGGCUCCAGCCAUGCCGUCACCUUCAAUGCUCCUCCCGCCGAGGACGAAUCCACCUUCUCCGUCGUCAGCAACGUCCGAGACUCGACCAAGACAAGAUACGGCCGCGGUGCCGUCUUCACUCGUGGCCGUGGCCGUGGCCAAGGCCAGGCCGGCGGCGCCCGAGGCGGACGGACCCAGCUCCAGAGGACCGGCGCCGGUGGCCGACAGGGCUACGGCGGCUACGACCGGGGCGGCCGGUCCAACACUGGCGCUCGCGGUCGCCGCUUCGGCUGGAAGGACUAUGACAAGCCUGCUCGCAACCGCGAUGCCAGCAUCAACGUCAAGGCCGAGUGGAAGCUGCUUGAGGAGAUUGACUUUAACCGCCUGGCCAAGCUGAACCUCGACACCGACGACGGCGAGGAUAUCGACGACUACGGCUUCCUCUACUACUACGACCGCUCCUACGACAAGCAGCCCGUCAAGGGCGCCGAGAGGAAGCUCACCCCCAUCGACCGAGCCGCCUACAACGUCACCACCUCUUCCGAUCCCGUUAUCCAGGAGCUCGCCGAGAAGGACGAGGCCACCAUCUUUGCCACCGACAGCAUCCUCUCCAUGCUCAUGUGCGCGACCCGCUCCGUGUACCCCUGGGAUAUUGUCAUUUCUCGACACGGCAACAAGGUCUUCCUGGACAAGCGCGAUAAUGCCGCUCUCGACAUGGUGACGGUCAACGAGAACGCCAUCGACGCUCCCCUGGAUGCCGCCGACGGCAGCAAGGACACCAUCAACCAGCCCAACGCCCUCGCCGAGGAGGCCACCUACAUCAACCACAACUUUGCCAACCAGGUCGUCCACGAGAGCGACUCGUCCAAGGCCACCAUGGCCCACGCCAACCCCUUCUACAACUCCUCCGAGGACACCGACCCCCCUGCCAGCAAGGCCUACAAGUACAGGCGGUUCGACCUGUCGACCAACGAGGAGGAGCCCGUCCACCUGAUCGUGCGAACCGAGGUCGACGCGGUGCAGAAGAACGCCAUCAGCGGCGACGACCAGCUCGUCAGCAUCCACGCCCUCAACGAGUUCGACAGCAAGGCCCAGGGCAGCGGCGGCGCCCUCGACUGGCGAAGCAAGCUCGUGACCCAGCGCGGUGCCGUCGUGGCCACCGAGAUGAAGAACAACAGCUGCAAGCUCGCCCGAUGGACGGUGCAGAGCAUCCUGGCCAAGGCCGACUUCAUGAAGCUUGGUUUCGUCUCUCGUCUGAACCCCCGCUCCAACGACAAGCACGUCGUCCUGGGCGUUGUCGGCUGGAAGCCCCGCGACUUUGCCAACCAGAUGAACCUGUCCCUCAACAACGGUUGGGGUAUCGUGCGCACCAUUGUCGACAUGUGCCUGAGCAGCCCCGACCAGGAGGCCAAGUUCGUCCUGGUCAAGGACCCCAACAAGUCCAUCCUCCGUCUGUACGAGGUGCCUGCCGGCAGCUUCGACGAGGACGACGAGGAAGAGGUGGAGGAGCCUCAGGGCGACGACGAGUAA